AUAAGUCAUUUAGAAUUACAUUGUCGUGCUGGUUAGAUCAAAAUCAUUUCACAUUUCGCAUUAUAAAGACAUAAAAUAAAAAAAAAAAAAAUUUGAGGGAUUUUUUAUGUGAAAUUUUAAGGCAAUAAAAAAAAGAGCUUAUUUUGUUGAGAACGGGAGUCUUUAGAUACGCAAGACGUGGUGGCUUAUCGUUUUGGAUAUUGCGUUACAAUAAAAAUAAAAGAACUUAAACAUCAAAAUGGUGAAAGAUGAUGCAGAAACAGCCGCUUUGAAGACGGAGCUCAAUGAGCUUAUCGAAAAGUCAAAGGAAGAGUCAAAAAAGCAGGCGGAUUGUAAAUUAGCAGAGAAAUGUGGAGACAUGGGCGCGGUACCAAAAUGUCAUUUGUCGACGAAGAAAACGCUCAAAGGACACAUCAAUAAAGUUAAUUCUGUUCAUUUUGCUGGUGAUUCGAGAUACUGCGUCUCAGGCUCGCUCGAUGGUAAACUCAUAAUAUGGGACACAUGGACAGGCAACAAAGUUCAAGUAAUUCCCCUACGUUCGUCAUGGGUCAUGUCAGUCGCAUAUUCAGUCUCAGGAAAUUAUGUCGCAUGCGGUGGAAUGGAUAACAUGUGCACGAUAUACGAUGUCAAUAAUCGUGAUGCAAGUGGAUGUGCCAAAAUAGUUCGCGAAUUAGCUGGCUAUGAAGGAUUCUUAAGUUCAUGUCGAUUCAUUGACGACAGCCACAUCCUAACCGGAUCCGGUGACAUGAAAUUAUGCGUUUGGGAUUUAGAAGCUGGCAAAAAAACAUCGGAAGUGGCAGCACAUGGUGGCGAUGUCGUAUCGCUUUCACUCUCUCCCGAUGGCAAUCAAUUUGUAACUGGUUCAGUUGAUCGAACAUGCAAGCUAUGGGAUGUACGUGAUUGCAAACAAAUACAAACAUUUUUCGGUCAUACAUCUGAUGUCAAUAGUGUUACUUUCCAUCCAAGUGGAUAUGCCUUUGCAACAGCUUCCGAGGAUAAAACUGCUCGUCUCUUCGACAUUCGUUCAGAUCAGCAAAUUGGACAUUAUGAGCCACCUAAUAAGACUUCUGGUUUCACAUCCUGUGCUCUUUCACUAAGUGGACGAAUGCUUCUCUGCGGCUCAGACGAUAACAAUAUUCACAUAUGGGAUACAAUGACGGCUCAGCACAACUCAACGCUUGGUGGUCAUGAUAACCGUGUAACAUCAAUUUGUAUGGCACCAAAUGGAAUGGCACUCGUCUCAUCGAGCUGGGAUCAAGCUGUUCGUGUUUGGGUUUAAAAAACUCGAAAGUUUCAAGCAUUUUUUUUUACAUUCAUGCUGCGUGCUUUUUCCACCAUUUGAAAAUACUUUUUAUUUGCUACUGCUACAACUGAGAGAAAUUGAUGACUACAUUUUUUUUUGUCUGGUGCGUGGAAAGAGUGAGCGAGCGAUGAAUUGCAAUUGCGAAAAAAAGGCACUUAAUUAAAUUAAAAAAGAUUAAACAUUUAUGUUUCCUACAACAUUUUUAUUUUUUUCGUUCGUACGUUCGAUUGGAACGACCUCAAUCCAAUUUUCAAUUUUCAAUAGCUUUUUUAUUUGGAAUUUUUUUACACAUGCAGACACAUGUGAAUUUUUUGAGUGGAAGGGUAGGAAAAUUGAGGAAUUUUGUCAGAAUUUUUAAAGAUUUUAAAAAUUUUAUUUAUUUUUUAAUUUUUUAAAAUUCAAUUUUGAAAUACAAAAAUCAGACAAUUUUUCUACAAGAAUUCCAAAAAACCACUCAAAAAAUAUUAAAAAUCCUCAUUGUAAUUUCGAAUUAAAAUUAAUACUCACUGAAAUAUCUUCACAAGCAUCUCCCAUGUCCCAUUCUACAAGAAACCAAAAAUCAUUCCAGCAAAAAACCAACUCCAUUUAAAAAAUUACCAUCGAUAUUGCCAUUUUACUACUACUUUAUAUACAAAUAAAUCGAUAAUUGAGUGGAUUUCAUUAAUUGGCUUAUUGUGUUGCUCGAAGCCAAUAUCUCUGUCGAUGUUUUUAUUUAUAAAUAAAUAUUUUAACUCACUGAUACUGAUAUAACAUGGCAUUUUACAGAAUUAUUAUAUGAAUGUCAUUAUUAUAAUAAUGAUGUCUUUAUUCCGAAAUGAUAAUGAUGAUGAUUUUUCCUUUGUAAUCAUUUUAUGUUUAAUUUUAUUGCAGUUAUUGAAUAAAAUUAUGAUCAUUUGGUAGAAUAAUAAAAAUAUUCAUCACAAAAAAGGAGAUUUUGAGCUUUUUUUUGAAGUUUGGUUGCCUUGAUAGAGUUUUUUAGAGCUUUUAUAGACUCAACAGAGAUUAGACAGACAUAGCAAAGCCUAGACAGUUUUAGCAGAUCUUUGGAAGACUUUAAAGAUCAUGAACAGAUUUAAUUGAUUCUUAACUGACUUAAUAGAG